AGUGUGCAUGUGAUCCCACAACAGUGAACAGCCCUCUCCGUCUCUCAAACCCCUUCAGCCACCGCAGCUACAAGUAAACUGUCUCUCUCUAUGCAAUCCAGGAUCCUUUAACUCUACUAGAAGCUGCUUGCUUUUGGGUGGAUGCAAACAAAUAUUUGUAGUCUGGUUUUUCCUGUUGCGCUUGUGUGAGAGAGCAAGAUGGUGGCUUCUCGCUGUUGGAUUGUAUGGCUUGUCGUAGCUUUGCUCGGCUCUGGGACGUUCAGGGAUUCGGUAGAAGCUGAAGAAAGGCUGCAGAAUGAGGAGGUGAAGGGUCUGGAUCCUGCUGGAGGUCAGAAAGUGGAGGAGGCCGGUGAUGGGAACGCAUCUGAAGAUGACGGAGGAGAAGGGGAAGAAGCUGAGGAGCAGAAUACAGCAGAUCUGGAAGAAGAGGAAGCAGAUGAAGACGUAGAAGAGAAAGACGAGGAAACGGAAGAAGCAGAUGAAGAGGAAACAACUGAUGAAGAUGAUAAGAUUGAAGCAGUAGAGGAUGAAGAAGAAGCAGGAGAGGAAGAUGAAGAGACAGAAGGAGGAGAAGAAGAAGCAGAAGAUGAAGAGACAGAUGGAGUAGAAGAUGAAGAAGCAGGAGAGGAAGAGACGGAUGGAGUAGAAGAUGAAGAAGCGGGAGAGGAAGAUGAAGAAACAGAAGGGGUAGAAAAAGAUGAUGAGGCUGAUGGAGCAGAAGAAGUUGAAGAGGAAGAUGAAGAGACCAAAGGAGUAGAAGAUGAAGAGGAGGAAAUUGCAGAUGGAGAAGAAGAGGAGGACGAAGAGCAGCAGAUUGAGGUGAACGUAGAGGAAGAGGCACAAGAAGGAUUAGCGGAGGAAGAAGAGUCUCCACAACAGUUUGAAGAUGAAGCAGAAGCUGUGGAGGAAGAGGAUGAUGAAGAGGCAGAUGCUGAUGAAGACGAGGAGGCUGUAGCUGAAGAAGCGGCUGAAGAGGAAAUUGUAGAGACUGUAGAGGAGGUCAUGGGGGAGGACAGCUCUGUACAGUACAGCUCCGGCUCUCUCUGUGGACUCUGCUCAGUCUGUGAGCACUGUGAUGCCUGUGACAAAUGUCCCUGCGAGGAAGGAGACACAUCAGAACACUGCCAACAAUGUGAAGAUUGCUCCUACUGCUAUAUUUGUCCUGUAAUCUGCGAGACCGUCUGUCAACCAGGUGGAGUUCUGGAUGUGCUCAGUGGUUCCCUCUACCAGACAGUGAUAACAUUACUCUGAAAUGGAUUCUUUACAGCGCCGUCUUUUGGUUGAACAGAGGAACUACAGAUGAUUAAACUUGUGUGUUUGCUGGGCCAGAUCUUGAGCUUUUCACCCUGAAGACAAUCUUUCUUAUAUGUAACUGAAGAACUGCCAGGACUCUAAUGUUUACCAGUUAUAGGCACUUUAAAAGUGACUUUUUAGGCUGUGUUCAUAGGGUAUAUGCAGAGCUAGUGCUUCUUCACACACUGAUAGAUUUCCAGUGAACGGUUAAUGUGUCUUUUCUUUUUCCAUGUUAUGCGGUUCCAUUUACCGCAUCGAUGUUGUAAUGUCAUUAAAAUAUAAUCAGUUAAAUAGACUUCAGUGUUCAUUUAGUUGCACAAGCGUAUAUCGAGAAGCCGUUUACUCGCACGCACCAGUCAGGAUUAGCAGGCUAGCGCAGAAGCUCCAUUGAAUAUACUAGGGUAAAAAUAAAUGCUCAUAUUUUAAAGACAUGAUGGGGGGAAAUGUAAUUUGAUGCACUGCUUCUUAUAAAAUCUGAGACCCACUUUAUAUUGGAUAUCACUCAGCCAGUGGAGAUCGCCGAUUUACAGACCUUAACCGUGCCGAUUUGGUAGUGGCAUACAGUUCACCGGAAGCGCUUAACCCAGGUUACAGACAAAUUAAAAGUCCUUUAGCAUCCUUUCUCAUAUACCCCAUAGCAAUUGCAUAUGAAUGCAAAAGUUCUUACUAUUUCAUUAUGCUUCCGUUUUUGACUGUAAUUUUGAUCAAAUAAAUGCAGCCUUGGUGAA